AUGGUCAAAAUCAAAGUCAUCAAUCUCCACUUAAAGCUGAGUAGCCUGUACCAGGUCAUCACAAUGAAGUUGGUCAUCCUUAUGUGCCAGCUUGGCCUCAUUCUGAGGACCGAGGCACAGAUACCGGAUCGGUGCAUUUUCAGCAAUACAAACAGACCUCCAGAUAACUCUGAUAUAACUGUGAUUUGUGGCACUGAGUAUAUGGACCUGAGAAUCUACCUUUGCCCCAUGUACCAAGCUCUUUAUAAUGAGACACUGAUGGUCCUCAAUAAUCAGUUCAACACACCUCAGUGUUUUGGGACUGCUGACUGGGCCGUUGACCCACCUGUUUUAAAAUUCAGAUUCCCCAUAAAUGACAGUUCCAUCUCAUCUUGCAAUAAUAACUUUAAGAUAAUCAGUCAGGUUGGGAGUGGACAGUUUGCAGACUUCUCAAAUGUCCAGUUCGUCAACGUCUCUGGCAGUGUUACGUCUUUAGACCCCACUGCAGGUAUGAUCACCUAUCGCCCGCAGAUCGUGUACAAGUUCUCCUGCUUGUACCCGAUGCAGUAUCUCCUGAACAACUCUGAAGUGAGCGUAGCAGGUGUGAAUCUUGCCAUAAGAGACAACAAUGGUAGCUUCAUCAGCACACUGAAAAUGCACCUCUACAAAGACGCACUGUACCAAGAGAAGCUUACGAUCCCGCAAUCAGGACUCAACCUGAAGACCAAGAUUUAUGUUGCAGUUCAGGCUAGCAAUCUAACAGAAAGGUUCAACGUGCUGCUGGACAGAUGCUACGCCACAACAAGUCCAUUUCCCAACCUCAGAACAUAUUAUGACCUUUUUGUAGGGUGUACACGUGACCCACAAACUAGGGUAGAGCACAAUGGAGUAUCUCAGGUUGCACACUUCUCCUUUGAGGCCUUCAGAUUCAUGGAGCACAAAAAUCUCACAAUUUCCACUUUCUACCUGCACUGCGUCACCAGACUCUGUGAGGUGUCCUCGUGUAGCAGAUUAUUGCCUGUGAGUAGACACCAGAGUUCCUAACAUUUUUUUAAAGAUAGAGGUAGAUAUAGAUGGAUAGUAAAUUCACACAUCAGAGUUUUGAUUGUCUUUUAUUCAUUUUGAACAGAACUGUGGAGGUUCCAAUAGGAGAAAGAGA